AUGUAUCCCUAUCCCGGGUGUGGCAUCUGCGGCCGGGAAUUCAACAGCUAUUCAGCAUGUCGACAGCAUAUGAAUGCAACCGGCUACAUCUACGAAUGUGAUACCUGCGAGGAGGACUUCUACACCCACGAUGACCCUUGCAACAAAGGGUUCGAGAACGAGAACAAUCUACGACAACAUCUCAAUAGCGGUAUACGUCGUGGCACCGACAUCCCCUGUCCAUUCUGUAAGCGCAGAUUCGCAACAGCUACGGGUGUGACCCAUCACGUCGAAACUGGCUCUUGUCCAAAAGCACGCUCGAUGAACCGCGAUACCAUUCUAGCCAAGAUCCGACGCUGUGACCCCAACCACAUCAUCACCAAGAAUCUUAUCAGGUACGACGUCGAGUCCUCAAUCACGGUCACGCCCGCAUCAUGGAAUGAUCGCAUUGGCAUGUACGUAUGCUACCUCUGCCACAAGGGCUUCCGCAACCCGAGGAGUCUAGACAACCACGUCAACUCGCUGGCGCAUAAGGAGAAAGUGUACCAAUGUCCAGGAUAA